UAUAUAUACCCGCUGAGGGUGUCGUAGGGCCCCAAAGCACAACCCAGCGGUCCAAAACUGUGAAAAGGGGGAGUGUUCCGUUCUCGCAUGGUUCUCAAAAAGUUGUGUCCAGGUGUCCAGCAGCCGACGCUGACGAGUGGGGCGUCAACUUGAGGUUCUGACGUGCCCAUUAGCACGUACAUUGUUUACAGUUAGGUUUUGGUUAUGUCAACAAAUAAUCCGAGAGUGAGCUGUCCCCAUUGUUUUGGCCACUUGGAAACUUUUACAAGGCUCUUGAAAAAAAUUAAUUGGGGGGGAUAAUAAUGAAGGUAUACUACGGUGCAGCUCUCUGCCUCUUCCUUCCCUUAAUUUGUGUUGCUUAUUUCACCACUGAUACCAGUCAAAGUUGUUUCUGCAAGUUAAAAGGAAGAAUUGACGAUUGCAGUUGCAAUGUAGACACAGUCGACCACUUUAAUAAUAUGAAAAUAUUUCCUCGACUUCAGAGUUUAUUAUCAAAUGAUUAUUUCCGUUUCUACAAGGUUCAUUUAAAAAGGGAUUGUCCGUUUUGGACGGAUGACAGCAGGUGUGCAAUGCGUUAUUGCAAUGUUCAAGCUUGCCAGGAAGAAGACAUUCCACCCGGACUAAAGCAGUAUAAUCACAAUUCUAUGAACUCAAUCUUCGGCAAUCAAGAUAUGUCACUGCGGUUCUAUGAUGGAAAUGAGGACUGUGAAGAUCCCGAAGCAGACCAUGACGAUGAACUAGGAUUUAUCAAUACCACUAUAAGUGCUGCAGCAUACGAAGAGUUUGAAAAAUGGCAAGCCCAUGAUGCUCUAGAUAAUUUCUGUGAAUUGGGUGAUGAUAAAGAUGCCCAGUACGUUGAUCUAUUGCUAAAUCCUGAGCGCUAUACAGGUUAUAAGGGUAAAUCAGCUCAUAGAAUUUGGAACAGUAUAUACAAGGAAAAUUGUUUUAGACCAGAAAAUCACUAUGAUUUAUUUAUUCAGUCGUCUCAGCUUGACAGAAUGUGUCUGGAGAAAAGGGUGUUCUACCGAGUGAUCUCAGGAAUGCACACCAGCAUUAAUAUACAUCUCUGCUCUAAAUAUCUUCUUUCUGAUAAAGAAUCACUGAUAGCACCUAAUGGGAAAUGGGGACCUAAUUUAGAGGAAUUCAAACGUCGUUUUAGCCCAAUGACAACUGACAAUGAAGGUCCGCACUGGCUGCGCAAUUUGUAUUUCCUGUAUUUAUUAGAACUCAGAGCCCUUGCAAAAGCUGCCCCUUACCUUGCAAACGAGGAGUUCUAUACUGGUUCAGAAGAAAAUGACAGUGAUGUGAGAGAUGCUGUUAAAGAUCUUCUAUCUGUUAUCAAAUCAUUUCCCAGUCAUUUUGAUGAAAGUUCUAUGUUUACGGGUGGAGCUCAAGCUCGAGAACUGAAGGAUGAGUUUCGACAGCAUUUUAGGAACAUUUCAGUCAUUAUGGAUUGUGUUGGUUGUGAUAAAUGUAAACUAUGGGGAAAAUUACAGGUUCAAGGCAUAGGAACUGCACUGAAGAUUCUAUUUUCAGGAAAAUUUGACAGUCUCAGUCCUCCUGGACUGCAGCCUGGACAGACAGCAAAAAGUCAGUUUCAACUUCAGAGAGGUGAAAUUGUCACACUCUUUAAUGCAUUUGGAAGAUUAUCCAACAGCAUAAAUGAAUUAGAAAAGUUCCGAAACUUGAUACGGGAGUAGCACCUCCUAUCAGAGCUGUGACUGCGGGCCGUGUGCUAUUACAUCACAUUGUGAUAUUUUUGUUUUAAGAAGUGUUUGGGCCACUCUUUUGAGUAAUCAAAAUAAUUAUUGUGCUGUGACCAGGAAGGCAGUAAAACAUUCCUGAAUGUAAAGACAAGUCCUCUCUGUUUACUAGAAGAUGAUAGAUUUUGGAAGUGCCUGAUACAGAGCAUGCAUCAUUAAGUCCUUGGCAAUUUGAUUUUGGAUAAUAUGUCAAAAAAUUUCAAUUUGUGUUCCUAUAUAUUAAAGUUAUAGCUGCACUUUUUCAUCUCAUUCUACAAGAAAAAUGUCUAGUGCAUCGCAUCUGAGGAAAGUCAAUUCAAAAUCAAUUCAAAAUAUGUCAUAUCCUAAAGGCUCAUUUUCUAUCUAAAUGUUAAAGGGGGUAUUUUCAUUUUAGGAAGCAAUAUUUAUUUUGAAAAACAAAAUAUUUUGAUCUAAUGACUUUAAAAUGACAAUUUAAGACACUCUGGAAGAAAAGGGCAUUCAACCAGAGUUAUUUUUACAAUGACUGAUUUUAUAAUUUCUUGAUAUUUCGUCUUCAAACAACUCUCAUAUAGUCUAUGUACUUAAGCCUCCUCAAAAAUUUACAACAGUCAUUCUAGAUUGUUUUGGGUAGUAUAUUUGCUUUACAGCUUCUGUUGUGUACAUCAGUGAGAUCUUGAGGUUUUCUGAAGUACUCAUAAUUAAACUGUUUUUAAAGCACCAUUCCUGAUAAUAGUGUUGUGUGCAUUGCACUAUAGUGUGCAAGAAUGAAAAUAUUAUUUUGUGGUGCAGCUGUUAAGAAUUUUGGAUUUUGGAUCACCACAUCAAUUAGUCUAUUUAUCAAACUGCUGCUUUAAUGUAAUCUAGUACUGUAAGUGUUUUAAUUGACAGACUAACUUGUAAGUUUCAUCCAUUUUAGGACAGUUCAAAUUUGAAUUUUGUUAUGGCACACUCGUGUUUGAAAGUAGAGGUCUUUUUGUUUUUGACUACUUAACAUUUAUCUUUGACUGUAAUGACCGAUUUAGUCUUGGUGAAGCCGGUAAAGCUGAUGCCACACAGUCAUUUGUUUUGAGUAAACUGAUUGGUUGAACGAGAACUGAAGCCAGCUUCAAGCUGGUUUUAAUCAAUCAGAUACCUAAAACAAAUGACUGUGUGGCUUCAGCUACACAGGCUUCAUACCUUCAUCUUUCAUGAAUGAAUCAUGAAGUAUAUGCAGCUAUAUGUUUACUGACAGCUCAAACUCUAGAAUCAAUCAUUGAUAGAUCAUGACUUUAUAACAUCUCAAUGCUGUUUUCAGAUAAGGUCAAUUUGUUUCUUCCACUCUAUAAAUAAGAGGAAGUUUUUACAGAUUAGAUUUCAAUAUCCUCGCUAAUAUACUUGGAUGUAACAUAAUUGUCUCUUUGAUUCUUUGUGGUAACUGUGUAUUUAUAAUUGUGAUGGUAGUAUAAUGGAAACUUUCCAGUUUUAGGUCAUUGUAAACAACUAACCCCUGAAGAAAGCCUUACUUAGUGUUUGGAAACAGCUAGGUGUAUUUCUUGGUUGUUUGUAUGACUGUGAUAAUCUUGUACCUUAACAGAUAAAUAUUAUUAGUAGCUCCAAUGUGGAAGCAAUUUUCUAUUUUGUUUUAGCUUUCAAAAUUUUAUAUACAACCUUCCAUGUGUUGUUAAGUUUAAUUAUUAUUUUUUUUGUUUCAAUAGCUCAUUGUACAAAAUCAAAAUUUAAGUAUCUUAUCUUCCAUCUUUGAACCAGUGCUUCUCACCUUUUUUAUGCAGUGUAUAUCAGUCUACUUGCCUUCUGUAGUUAUUUGUUCUUAUUUAAUAGAUCUAUACUGUAUUCCUCAACCACCUAAAAAGUUGACUCAAGCAACAUGCAUGUUUGCAGGUUCUAGCUUUUUGGAGCCUAAUACAAAACUUGCAUAGUUAAAUUCAAAACUAACUGCUAGUGAAAAAAACUGCUGUUUUAUUUUGUUAAUCACUCCCUAUAUAUUUUGCACUCAAACAUUGUGUAUGUAUGGUUUAUCAAGCACCUGGUUCUGUUCUUGGACAUGUCAACAUUUUCAUCUGAUGUAAAAUGUUCCUGCACAUGUAAAAUGGACUGGGAUAUCUUUGUUAUUAAAGAAGUGUGAUCAUUUAGAGCAA